AGCAGGGCACAGAGCCCCAGCUGUGGGUGUUCCAGUGCCCUGGGCAAACCUUCCCACAGCUGCCAGCACAGCAGAAUGGGUGCUCAAAAUAGCAGAAGCAUCAAUACAGGGGGGGACAGCUUCCUUAUCCCCUUUUUCCUACUGCACUUCCUGUGGGCACGUCCUUCUUCCAUCAGGCAAAACCCAGCACGAGGGCAUACAGCCCUUGGGAAUGCCCCAAGCAGCUUUCUGAGAACUGGGAGCUGUGAUGUCGUGGGAAGUUGGGUUGCACAAUGUCCCUUCCGCCGUGACACCCUUUAAACCCGCGUGUCCUGCCCUGCCAGUCCAGUCCGCGCAGCACCGAGGCCAGCGGAGCAGGACCAGGCAGCAGAGGGUUUCUCUUGGCAAGUGGAUGAGAUCCUUCCUUGGAGACAGAGCCUGAAGAGGACGGGAGAGUGGCUGCAGCUGGAUUCUGGGGUGCAAGGUGUGAAGAGCUGCAUCCAGCUGAUCUCCGAGCAGCGCCUGAGGCUUACCUGCACCAGACACUGCCAGCUCACAUCUCCAGUGGCCAAGCCCUUUGCUGCAAGCAUGAACAUCGUGGAGAGGGUCUUCUCUGUGGCCCAGGCCAUCUAUGCCCAAUUCGAGCAGGUGAAGUGCUGCAAGCACCAGUGCCAGCGCCUCGUGGAGCGCAUCCAGAUUCUGCUGGAGCCUGUGAGGAUCCUUAGGGCUCAGCCACGACAGCACAUCUCCCACCAUGAAGAGGAACUGAUGAAAAAGCUGCUCCAGGCACUGGAGGAAGCCCAGAAACUGGUGACGAAAUACAGCCAGACCAGCUGGAUCCAGAAAUUUCUGCGAGCCCGAAGUACUGGUGAGGAGUUUGUGUGGGUGAAUGAAAGCCUGGAGGACAUUGCCCAGGGGCUCUCGCUCCUGCUGCAGGCAGAGCAGAAGCAGGCUUUCCUGGAAGCUUUCCAGUCAAAGAUCUGUCGCAGGCAGGAUGCUGAGGACCUGAGGGAUGACAGAGCUUUCUUGGACCAGGUGAUUGCAAGCACUGAGGAGCCCAAAGAUGUGGUUGAGGAGAUCUACAUCGACAGGGAGUGUAUGGAGAGCAAGGUGGACUGGAUGCAAAACGAGCUGAACAAAGUCAUUCGUGAGAUGGAGCGCUUGAAGAAGGUCAACGUUGAUAAAAGAGAAGACAUCACUGAGAUCAAGCGAGACCAACUCACUUUCCACAGGCACCUGCAGGACACAGAGAGCUAUGACCUCUAUGAGGGCGAGUACCUCAAGUACCCUGUUGCCAUCAAAACCUUCAAGAGGCCACUGACCACUGACCCAGUCAAGGUGAGAGACAUCUUUGAGAAGGAGAUUCAGACCCUGAAGAAGUUUGAGUCUCCAAACAUCCUGCGCAUGUACGGGAUCUGCAUUGAGGAGAAGGAUGGGAGCCCCUGCUUCUCCAUCGUCAUGGAGUACUGUAAGCACGGGACACUGCGGGAUGUGCUGAACAAGCAGCAGCAUCUUUCCUGGGAUAUCCGCAUUCGGAUGGCCCUGGGAGCUGCCAGAGGCCUUUACAGGUUGCACCAGACAGGGGAGAAGUCCCGACUCCACGGCUGCAUCUGCAGUAGCAAGUUCCUGGUGGCUGGGGAUUACUGUGUGAAGCUGUCAGGAUUUGAGCUGUGUGAAACGGAAUCAUCCAUCAAGAGGAAAGCCAAGAAGAACUGGAAACAAGUCUCUAUGUUGGCUUACAUCGCUCCAGAGAACCUGAAAGACAUCAACUACCCUUACAAGAGGCCCUGUGAAAUAUACAGCUUUGGGAUCGUUCUGGCAGAGAUUGCAACCUCCAAAAUCCCAUUUGAAGGCUGCACUCCUGAGGAGAUCGUGGAGAAAAUCUGCAAUCACAAUUACUGGGACCCUCUUGGGGAAGAUUGUCCCAAAGAACUGAGGAAAGUCAUCGAACAGUGCCGGGCCUUUGACCCUUCCCAGCGCCCUUCUGCCGAGGAGAUUGUGGACUUGCUGGCUGACCUGGAGAAAAGAAGAAACCAAGGAAGUUAACUGUGGAAAAGGGGGCUGGGUGACCAGGGGCAGCAAGCCCAAGGGUGCCACUCGCCCCUCUUCACCCUCAGAGACUGAUGGUUCAACACUCCUGUGUUCGUUUCUGGGUGUGACACCCUUGGCCACCUCCUGGGUGGCCUUGGAGGCAGCUGGGGAGUGAAGUGACUUGAAGAGAGGCUGUCAAGAAGCUUGAGGGGCCAGAGGGAUGGAACAGGGCUUCUACUACAAGAAAAGACUGAGGGAGUUGAGCCUGUUCAGCCUCGAGAAGAGACAACUGAGAGGGGACCCCAUCAGUGUCGGUCCCUAUUUGAAGAGACACUUCAGAGGACGGACCAGGCUGUGCUGGGUGGUGCCCAGCGAUAGGACAAGAGCCAAGGGGCAGAAAAUGAUACAUAGGAAGUUACACUUGAAUAAGAGGAAUAACUUCUUUACUGUACGGGUGAUCACACACUGGAACACUGCCCAGAGAGGGUGUGGCAUUUUCCUCACUGGCAAUAUUCCAGAAACAUCUGGAUGCAAUCCUGUGAAACGUGCUCUAGGACAAUCCUGUAAAACGUGCUCUAGGACAAGCGUGCUUGAGCAGGGAGGUGGGACCACAUGACUCACUGAGCUCCCUUCCAACCUGACUCAUUCUCUAAUUCUCCUCGGCUCCCCUUGGGCUGCCCUGGUUCCCCCCAGAUCCUUUCCUGUUCCGCUCGGCUCCCCUGAGGUUUUCCCAGCUCUCCCCCGGUUCUCCCGGGCUCGCCCCAGGCCCACAGCGCCGCUCUGGCAGCGCCCCCCCACCGCCUCCCCCGGGUUUGAAUGAAUUUCCCUUCCCGCUCUUUUCGCCCCGCGGCGUCUCCGCCAAUGGAAACUCGCCGCCCUGCUCUUGUCCCGCCUCCCAUGCCGUCAUGGGCUCGUUGCCCAAUCAGCCGGCCCUCACUGCGGCGAUUUGACCAAUCAGAGCCCGUCCUACCGCCCUGCCUCCCGUCCCUGUCACUCCCAGUUCCGGUGAGCAGACGGACAGAGCGACCGGCCAAUGAGAAGGCGGAAGAUGCUCGGACUCGCCCAAUGGCAGCGGGUGCGGAGGUCGCAGCCAGCCAAUAGGGCGGUGGGGGCGGGGCG